CCAAUUAACUCGCUAUCUUUCUACAGUUCUCCCCUUUCUCUCUUUACAAUACAAUUUCUUCCAUAACUGUUACUUUGCUUUAUAGACACCCUUCUUCCUUUUCUAACUAAUCACACUCAAAAAAGUACUUUAAGUGAGUAUAUAAGCCAUUGCCCAAAGAAAAAUAAAAAACGGUGAAAAAAAUUCUUUUUUAUGAUGAUUUUUCAGUUGAUAUCUUGCUUGCAGAUUGCAAUUCUUUGGACACUAUUUCUUUCUUCUACUCCUAUUUAUAUGUAUAGAGAUUGAAGAUUCACAAGAAAAACUGAUUCUUGAUUCAAAUGUGCAAUAGCCCAUUCGUAGUACGGUCUGAAACCAUGUCUUUUACUGAAUAUUUCAAGAAAGCCAAGAGAUUGAGACUGUUUGAGCCCUCAAUAAGGAUUCUUGGAUUCUUUUUUGUGACAGUUUGUGUGAUUUUUUGUUUCUUUUUACUGAAUUACAGAAGUGUAACUACUAGAUUUUCUUCACAGAAAGAGAGGUUUCUGUGGUUACGAUUUGAUGGUGGGAAUGGUACUGAGAGUAGAAAAAAAGUUGAUUAUUUAAGUGAAAAUGAUGGUGGGUGUGACGUGUUUGAAGGUGAUUGGGUGUGGGAUGAUAGUUAUCCUUUGUAUCAGUCUAGAAAUUGCAGUUUCUUGGAUGGAGGAUUCAAAUGUUCUGAGAAUGGGAGGCCUGAUUUUUUCUACACCAAGUGGAGGUGGCAGCCCAAAGAUUGCAAUUUGCCCAGAUUUGAUGGGAAGAUUAUGCUCGAAAAACUUCGAAAUAAACGUCUAGUGUUCGUGGGAGACUCAAUUGGGAGAAACCAAUGGGAGUCCCUUCUCUGCAUGCUGUCUUCGGCUAUUUUGAACAAAGACUCAAUCUACGAAGUAAAUGGAAACCCGAUUACAAAGCAUAAAGGAUUCUUGGUAUUCAAGUUUAUGGAAUAUAAUUGCACCGUGGAAUACUACAGGGCACCAUUUCUUGUAUUGCAAAGCCGGCCUCCUGCCAAAGUUUCAUCCAAGAUAAAAACAACUCUAAAACUAGAUCAAAUGGAUUGGACUUCUAUGAAAUGGAAAGAUGCUGAUGUGCUCGUUUUCAACACAGGACAUUGGUGGAAUUACGAGAAGACCAUAAGAGGGGGUUGUUACUUCCAAGAAGGAUCAGAGGUGAAGAUGGAGAUGAGAGUUGAGAGUGCAUACCAAAAGUCCUUAGAAACAGUGGUAGAAUGGAUACAUAGAAAAGUGAAUACCACCAAGACACAGGUCUUCUUUCGGACAUAUGCUCCUGUACAUUUCAGGGGUGGAGAUUGGAAAUCUGGAGGAACCUGUCACUUGGAGACGCUUCCAGAGUUCGGUUCUUCAUUUGUGCCAUCCCACACUUGGGCUCAAUAUAGCAUAUUCGCCGAUGUUAUGUCAAGUCAACGGAAAGAAUUAGAUUUGAGAACACUAAAUGUAACUCAUAUGUCAGCAAGAAGAAAGGACGGGCAUUCUUCUUUAUAUUACUUGGGUCCAAAAGUUGGUCCUGCUCCCCUCCAUAGACAGGAUUGCAGCCACUGGUGUCUUCCUGGAGUCCCUGAUGCAUGGAACGAGCUACUCUAUGUCCUCUUGCUAAAGCACAACUCCAAGAAAAGUACGAAUUCUUCAACAUUUCAUGCUCAGGCGGUAUGAUCAUUUACAGGGAAGUGUACAAGUCAUAUUGUGCAAGAUCAUCUGUGCAAGUAUCAAUCAGAGCAAGGAUCAUCUGAUUGUAGGGAUAUCUGAAAUCUUGUUACAUUUUUUAUUUAUUGCACGGAUGAAAUUCCAGUUUUAGGGGCAAAGUUAGAAAUAGAAUUGAACAAUUGUGGAUAGAAUUUUGUUGGCAGUUUUGCAUAUUGAAUCAAAGAGUAAAGAUGAAUUCCUUUUGUGUA